GGAGCCCGUGCGAGUGGAAGCGCCCAGGCACAGCGAGGCCAGCCAGCGCAGCCAGGAGCAGAGGAUCCUCUGACACCGCUCCAGUAGGGAAGUGGGGCACCACCUCAUUCCUGACAGCCCCGUGUCUAGGUCGUUUGGGAAGUGCCUUGGAGAGUCAAGAAUAAAAUUGCAGGUCAAACAAUGGAGGAAUGGAAAAAUCGCCUUGUAAUCAAGAACACGCUUCCCCAUUACGCCAUGGUGGGAAAUCGUCAGGAGCCCAGAAAACCCCAGGAACAGCCACGGGGCACCAGUAAGAGGAAACAACUGGGAGACAACUUCCAGCAAUUUUCAGGCAUGGCUGAUGGGGGUUACCCUAACAAUAUUAAGAGGCCCUGCCUUGAAGAUGUCACCCUUUCUAUGGGCCCGAGUGCCCAUCCCAGUGCCCCCUGUGCCAAGUUUCCGGUGCCUCCGAUGCCAAUGAACCCAGGAGCAACCUCUAUGGCCAUAGUUGGUCAACCACUCCUCCUGGAAAACAACCCCAUGAACGGCGACCUUAUGGGCUCCCCAUUUGUGGUGCCCCCAGCCACAGACAUGGAGUUGAAAGGGCCCAUUGUCCCUUACUAUGACAAAGCCAACAACGUGCCUAACAGCAUGUCCGCUGUAGACCAGGAACUUCAAGAUCUGCUGGAGGAGCUCACAAAAAUUCAAGAGCCUUCUGCUAGUGACCUAGAUCUUGAGAAGAUCCUCGGGAGCAAGCCAGAGGAACCGCUAGUUUUGGAGCAACCCCCGGAAGCCAUUCCCCCAGCUCCCAAGCCUGCGGUGCCCAUGCCACGCUUGGAGGGUCUGGGCCCCAGCAACUCGAGUUGCAGCCAAGGUGCCGGUGGGUCCCUCCAUCUACCACUCUCCUCCACUGGGAUCAACUACCCCGGACCUUCCACCAGUAAGCAGAUGGCCUCCUCGAGUUCUUCGACAGCACAGAGCAAGAUCCAGGGGCAGACACUGCGCUCAGUUGCGGUGCCGCCACCCCGGGUGCCUCAGUGGCACCAUGCCCACCAGCUGAAGGCACUGGCAGCCAACAAGCAGGGCUCUGCUACCAAGCAGCCAGUGCCCCCACCCAGCUGGUCUGGUCUGCCUCCACCAGGCCUCUCCCCACCCUACCACCCAGUGCCGUCGCCACACCCGCCGCCACCGUUCACCCCACAGAACCUCAUGGUGUCCUGCAUGUCAUCCAGCAACCUGCCGGGCAGCAGUCUCCAGGGCUCUCCCAAUGCCUUAUUCACAGGCAUGGCUACCAGCAGCAGCACUGCCCUGAGGCCCCUCAUGCCCUACGUUCCCGAGAAGCUCUCCAGCCCAGCCCUCAGCCAGCAGCAGCAUUUCACCCCGCCCAGCUCCAUUCUUGCCAACCUGGUGUCCUCGAACAUUAAGAACACCCAGGGACGCCUGCUGUCCGCUCUGCCCGCCAGCAACCCUGGGCCCUCGCCACCCUAUCGUCCCGAGAAGCUCUCCAGCCCAAGUUUGCCCCAGCAGUCCUUCACUCAGCAGUGCUCACUGCUCCGGAGCCUCACGCCCACCAGCACUCCCCUCAGCCAGCAGCCGCCCCCCCUGCCACUGCCACUGCAGCAGCAAGCAAGUGCGAUCUUUAAGCCCAUGCCCACAGGCUCUUCCCAAACCCUGAGACUGAUCAUGCAGCAGGGGCUGGCCAGCCCCAGCCCAGGGACCCUGGAGCCUUUCACUUUUGGCAACACCAAGCCCUUGUCCCAUUUCGUCUCAGAGCUGGGCCCUCAGAAGCUGUCCUCCAUGCCAGCCUCCUCCAGGCAGCCUUCCCUGCUCCACUAUCUGCAGCAACCCAUGGCGACCGCGACGCAGGCCUCUUCGGCCACUGCCUCCACCACUGCCACCCUCACUUUGCAGCAGCAGCAGCAGCAGCAGCAGCAGCAGCAGCAGCAACAGCAGCAGCAGCCUGAUCAUUCUUCGUUCCUACUGCAACAAAUGAUCCAGCAGCCCCAGUGCCUGCCGCGAUCGCUGCCCUCGGAGCCCAGACAGCCAGAGAAAUGGCGACCAGGUCUUACGGCAAUGACCCCUGAGCAGCACAGUGCAUAUUUAGCCCAACAAAUGAGUCAAUUUCAAGCUGUCCAAGAACUAGUCACCUGCAAACGCAACCAGAUCAAGGCAAGCCUCGGGCCCAGCCAACCCUUGAUACCGUCCAGCACCAGGCUUCUUCUUAGCGAUCUGAGUCCACGAACAAUCUCCACCACUGGGCCCCCAAACCAGGGCGCUGUGAACCUGACCUCACCAGCUCCCUGCCAGCAGCCAGCAAUCUUCAGCUCUGGCCCCCAGUGUGCCCUGCCCCUGAGCUCUGACCAGCAGGCCCAGAGUCUGAAGGCAGCACCACCGGGAGUGCUACUGCCUAGCUUCUGUCCCCCCCAGUUCCAUCACCCGAGUGCUCUCAACGAUGGCCCCUGGGCUGGGGCUGUCGGGGCAGUGGCAGCUAGGACAGCAGUGGUCUCUGGGGGAGUAACUCCAAGCCAAACAGAUAAUAGCAAUCAGCGGCCUUUUGAUAGCAACUCCAUCUUCGCCAAGGUGCCCAUGAAAAUGCCUCCAAUCGCCCCAGUCUCCCCACUGCAGCAGGCAGUUGUGCCCCCCCACCAAACCGCAGGCAUUGCUCUAACCAACCACCCCCUCAGCCUGCUGGGCAGCCAGAGCCUCAGGCAAAGCCCGGCACAGGGCCCUGUGCCUGAGCUGAACGCCUCCAAGUCCCUCCAGCAGGGUCUGGCCAGCUUCAAUCCCACGAGUCCCAUGCAGGGCAUUGAGCCGCCAAGCUACGUGGUUGCUGCGGCUGCUACCGCCGCUGCCUCAGCCGUUGCUGCCAGCCAGUCAGCAGGCACAGCCAACAAAGCAGGUGCCUCCACUGAGCUGCGACCCCAUGACUCUCUGCCCCAGUCUCCCCUAGAUGAUCUGAUCUCGGCCCUGGAUGGCAAUGAGGUGGAUUUCAUAGAAGCCCUCCUGGAAGACCCUACUGAUCACCCCAAUGAGGACUGGGCGUCCCACUUGAGGCUGAUCGAUGACAUUUUGGGGCAGAAUGGUAGCCAGCCCACCUAGGAGGCCCAGAGAAAGCCCCAAGGUGACAUCCCCCCAAGGGUGAAGUGAUUACAUUGUAAAUUCACAGAUAGCCCAUUGGAGGGACUUCAGCCCAUGUCCCUCAACCCCACUCACUACCUGUGACAAAACUGCAAGCUGGUGAUUUUUCAAGCUACUUGUACAGAGUUGAAAAUUUUGUAAAUGGUUUUCCUAAGCAUUCAUGACAGAAGUAAUUUAUACUUCAUUUUGUGACUUUGUAAAUAAAGUGACAACACCGUUUUUGUUUCGGGAGAGUUGUGUUUCUUGUCCAUCGAGUGUGUGUGUGUGUGUGUGUGUGUGUAUUACACAUUGUUACAAACACGAAAACUGUCUUGUGAGCUCCAGUGAGACUUUGUUGAGCCGGAAGGAUGAGUCACUUUGGGUUCUAACGUGGGCAAUGUAUUUUUUCCAUGUUUGCUAAAAAUGUGAUCGCCUUGUGUGAUUCUUAAAUCUCCUUUGCAACCCUUUCCAACUCCACUAGCUCUUCACCUGAUGAGAGGAAGCUGUGGGACCCUGAGGGCCCCCCCAGGGGACAUUUUCCAGGGCACUGGAAAGUGUUUUGGAUUGGGAAAGCAAGCCCAGGCUGUGUCCCCUGGUCGCAAACCUGUCAAUAUUUGUUCUGUAAGACUGUGGAGUUUGGGGCUUUGGGGGGGUGUGGGAGGGGAGAAAAAACGUCUGUCAACAUGAAUAGUUGCUUUGGGCUUGUCUUUGAUUGUUUCUGCAGUUACCGUCAUCUAUAUUAAAGUGUGUGAUGGAAGCCCACCGCCACUGUCCUGUAAACCUUGCGCAGUGUCCUGGCUUUGUGUAACGACAUUUUCAUUGCCACGUCGUGUGUUUCAGCUUUCCCUCUGAAACCUGGUGUCUGUUUCAAGCCAGCGCAAUUUGUCCUUCCUUCUGUAAUAAACAGCGCAGAGAAAAAGUG